UGAUCCAGUUUUUUGAUGCCGUCAAAGCGGAUCGCACUCGGAGCUGGCUGUACGCCGCUUGCUCCCUCUCCUAUCUGGGCGCCAUGGUUUCCAGCAACUCGGCUCUGCAGUUCGUCAGCUACCCGACUCAGGUCCUAGGCAAAUCCUGUAAGCCCAUUCCAGUCAUGCUUUUAGGAGUGACUUUGCUGCGGAAGAAGUAUCCCCCGGCCAAGUAUCUCUGCGUCCUCUUGAUAGUGGCAGGCGUGGCUCUGUUUCUGUACAAACCCAAAAAGGGGGCUGGGAGCGAUGACCACGUCUUUGGCUAUGGAGAACUCCUCCUGCUGCUGUCGCUGACCUUGGAUGGGCUGACCGGUGUGUCUCAGGACCACAUGAGAGCUCACUACCAAACGGGCUCCAAUCACAUGAUGCUGAACGUUAAUCUGUGGUCCACCCUGUUCCUGGGGGCUGGGAUACUGUUCACCGGAGAGCUCUGGGAGUUCUUGAGUUUUACGGAACGCUACCCCAGCAUCAUUUACAAUAUCCUCCUGUUUGGCCUGACAAGCGCUCUGGGUCAGAGUUUUAUUUUCAUGACUGUGGUAUACUUCGGACCUCUGACUUGUUCCAUCAUCACCACAACCCGCAAAUUCUUCACUAUUUUAGCCUCUGUCAUCCUAUUUGCCAAUCCCAUCAGUACGAUGCAGUGGGUGGGGACAGUCCUGGUGUUCCUGGGCCUUGGACUCGAUGCCAAAUUUGGGAAGGGAGUAAAGAAGACAUCACAUUGAGGAAAUGGUUGAUCUCUGCAGUUGGAAUGAACUUUUAAUUUAUUGUCUUGUACCUCAAAAUCUGUUACGAAACUGGACUCAGGAUAGGUAAUCAGAAGGGGAGUGUUUGGAUUUUUUGUUUGGUUUAGUUUUUUAAUUCUAAAUUGUCUUAAAAUGUAAUACUUCAGUUUUAACUGUGAUUAAGCUUUUUUUUUUGUCUGUAAUCAAAGCUGCAUUACUAGAUCCUAGCAGCAGGAUGAAGUUCUUGCCUUAACAG